AUGUCAACUAAGAAACUCAUCGAAGCUGAUGCAAUUAAAGUCACCCAUGGUUGUAGCGUUAUUAUGAGUAGCAAGGUUGCAGAAAAGAUGGAAGAGUCCAAAACUUUCACCAUACCUUUUACCAUUGGAAAACAUGAUUUUAGGAAAGAUCUAUGCUACCUUGGUGCAAGUAUCAAUCGCAUGCCUUUUUCCAUCAUUAAGAAGAUUGGAUUUGAUGCCCCAAUCCCAAUAUCGAUGAGACUCUUAAUGGAUGAUCAGUUGAUCAAGAGACCAAUCAGAAUUUUAUUUGAUGCUUUAGUCAAGGUGGGCAAAUUUAUACAUUUGAUGGACUUUGUGGUUCGAGAUUGUGAAAUGGACCAAGAGGUACCCAUCAUCCUUGGGCAACCUUUCUUAGACACCAGAAGAACUGUUUUUGACUUAGAAAUGGGGGAGAUAAAGUUCAAAGUGCAUGAGGACGAGGAUUACCAUAAUGUUUGCAAAACAAGGAAACAACCCGUAAAACUUCAAGUGAUAUAUUUGGUUGAUGCUGAAAUUGAAAAGUUGAACGAAGGAGGAUUGUAG